AUGAGAUUAAAUAUCGAAUUCAAUCCAUUUGAAAUUUCGCUGCGCGUAUUGCAAUGUAAAGCAUCAAAACGGAUAGGAGAAUUGGCGGAACCCAAAGUUUACGAAACAUCAGCAAUCAAGAAUGCCGUAAGGGAAAAUCCUUUUGAAGUUUCGAAGAGUUCGUUGAAAUACAAGGCUACCGAAUUAAUAAAAGAAUUGGCACAGCCACGACAAUACGAUAGUUAA